AUGAAGACGUUUUUCGCAAACCUUGUCACUCUGGCUGUCGCAGCUCUGUCGGUUACCGCUCGACAAACUGGAGAACAGGGCUCAGCCGCUGCCCCAGCUGUCAAGAGAGAAUCACUGUCUGAGGUCAUCGACGACAUGCACCCCAAAACGGACAGCUACUUCGCGCCCGAGAUCAAGCACGGUCAGCUCCAGGACAAACUCUUUAUGUUCGGUGCGGAUGGGUCUAAGGAAGACGGCAAGCACCUUGACCAUGAUGCUUUCGCGCAACUGAAAGCACUGCUGCAACCCAACCAGGAGCGUGCGGUCCGCUUCAGCCCCGCUCACAACGGGGACCUCUUCAAGAGAACCUGCACCGACAGGACUAUUUGCGAGGACCCUGAUGAGUGCGCGGAUGGCUGUAACACUUGCCGCAUCCGUACCACGAGUCACACCGUUGACGGAAAAGAAGUCCUCAUUAGGCUUGGAGAGUGUCUGGCGUGA